AUGCCCGGGACAGUUACUGUGUUGCAGACGUCUCUUGUUCGAGUUGUGGACCAGAUUGAUGAGUCAACAGUGUACUUUCAUCGUCUGUUCUGGACAUUUCCACCUUGCGUUGAGGCCUUCCAGCAUUGCAAGCCGCUUGUGAGUAUUGAUGGUACCAACUUGUACGGCAAAUAUGGAGGCAACUUACUGUUGGCGAUUGCACAGGAUGGGAACUCAAACAUCCUCCCGAUAGCAUUCGCCCUUGUGGAGGGGGAAAAUGCCGAGUCAUGGCAUAACAGCAUUAAGUCUGUACUUGAAAAUCCCGUGAAUGGUUGGCUGCCACCACAUGCUUAUCGGGCGUAUUGUAUCCGUCAUGUGGCAGCAAAUUUCAGCCUUUCUUUUAAAGGUAAAGAUGCCAGAAGGAUGCUGGUUAAUGCGGCGUACGCAAAAACUGAGGCGGAGUUCUAUUACUGGUUUGACAUCAUGCGUACAGAGAAUCCGGCCAUGUGUGACUGGGCGAACCGGAUGGAGUAUGAGAAGUGGACGCAACACCAGGAUAGAGGUAGACGGUUCGGUCACAUGACGACAAACAUCAGUGAAUGUGUGAACUCCGUCUUAAAAGGAACUCGCAACCUCCCGGUCACUUCGUUGGCUAUUGAAAGGAACAUAAGAGAGUCAAGGUGCCUCACCGUCACCUUGUACGACAGGCACCAGCCGGAGUACACGGUUGCUGAGACAACACCGACUGGAAACUUCUCGUUAGGUAGCUAUAGAGUCUCGCUGAAGGAUCACACAUGUGAAUGUGGAUACUUUCAGGCACUCCAUUAUCUAUGUUGUCACGCGAUUGCUUGUUGCGCCCACUCGCGGCUUAAUUGGGCAGCAUAUGUGCACGAGGUGUAUCGUAUGAGUGAGGUGUUCAAAGUUUACAGUCACGGGUUUGUUCCGCCCAUCCCAGAAGGCCUAUGGCCCCCAUAUGCCGGGCCAACUGUCAUCCCUGAUCCUAACAUGAGGCAAGCGAGGGAAGGUCGUCCGAAGGCAACUAGGGUCCGCGGUGCCAUGGAUCGAUCUGCUGAGAACCAGCCCAAGCGCUGUGGCCUCUGUCGACAACCUGGUCAUACGCGGAGGAACUGUGGCCAGCGAAGAGAUAUUGCUGACGGGAAUACUUAG